AUGUCAGACGAUGAGGAUUACAUGUCCGACAAAUUUCUCCAUGGCACUGCAAAAUAUUGUGCACCUAGUCUUGCUCGACGUUAUGCAGAUAAAAGAGAGUUAGAUCUCUUGAAAAGAAAGGCAGAAAUUGAGGCUCGAUUAAAAGAGAAAAAUAUUUCCGUAAAGGUAAUAGAACAGGAAACAAGGGAUAAAGGACUGGCUGCUGCUAUUACAAGCGAUAACAAAGGUUAUAAAUUAUUGACAAAAAUGGGAUAUACGCCUGGACAGGGAAUAGGAAAAAAGGAGAGUGGAAUCGCAGAGCCUAUUGGCAUUGAUCUGAAGUCCAAUAGAUUGGGACUGGGCCAAGUAUCAAAGAAAAAAUGUCCAGCUGUUAUAAAUGGGGAAAAAAAUGUAGAAAAAAUCAGCACGAAUGAUUUUCGAGAAAGAAUUGCACAAAAAAAAACUGAACAGAUGAUAGAAGUUGAUCUACGCAGGAGUCAAAAAAGUUGCGAGCAGUUAGACACACAACAUAAUAUAACAACACCCGAUGAAGUUUGGUACUGGCCUGUUGUGUUAAAAGAAAAAAACGAGGAAAGUGAAUCUGAAUCCGAAGAUGAAGAUAAAACUUUUGAUGAGAGUAUUGAGUUAACGACAAGUGAAAAAUUAGAAAUUUUAACCAAAUAUCUGAGGGAUAAGUAUUUUUAUUGUAUUUGGUGUGGUGCAGCUUAUGAUGGUGCGGAUGAUUUAAGAGAUAACUGUCCAGGCAGAACGAGAGACGAUCAUUAAGUGUGAACACCUGUCACCCCAACUUUUCGAUACAAUUUUUGAACCUUUGAAUAAGGUCAACAUUUGGCUCCACUAUCAUGUAAGACAUUGAUAUUGUAAGAAAUGAAACAAGUCUGUUCAUUACCCCUGGAUAACGAUUAUCGAACUAUUCUUGACGUAAGAAAAAAAAAAUCUAAAUAAUCGUUAAGCUUUGUAGCUAAUAUUUGCAGAACAGAUUGUGAACAUGGAGCAGUCCUCAAUAAAGCAUGUGAAAACAA